CUUUUUCUUGCGCGUUUUUUAGCUCCGUUUCAGAAGUAAGUGAUACAUGAUGUGAUCCGUAUCUAUGUAUUAGCUAUUCGCCAUACACUAUAGGGAAAAGUUCAAUUAAAUUGAACUUUUCCCGGAAAUCAAAAUAGGGAAAAGUUCAAUUAAAUUGAGCUAUCUGAAACCGGAAAUCGAAAUUCAAAUUGAAUCAAUUUGAAUUUCGAUUUCCGGUUUCAGAUAGCUCGUCGUUUUUAGAUCGACGAGUUGUGACACAUAAUUUGUAUAGCUAUGGUUCUUGCGUAUUAGGAAUACAAUUGUGAUCUUCGCUUGCUUGCGAUUCCGAAUCCGAUUCACGAUCACAGGCAUGAUUUGCAGUUCUUUUUAGUGCAUCACAAAAGUGAUGUCGCUGUCGUUUUGAUCGGAUCACCAACGUCCGAUCCUAUUAUUUUUGGAAAAAAACCAACGUCUCUCCUGCAAGAGAUCGCCGGCCACAGACUCGGCCUGGCCUCGCCUCGGGAAAGAUUUUAGUUCGAAGCGCCAGUCGUUUUGAUCGGAUCACCAACGUCCGAUCCUAUUAUUUUUGGAAAAAAAUUAGUAGGUGCUAUGCACGGACACAAUGCAGUUGCGGAACCAUCGGGAGUUCGCUACUGAGCGCAAAAUCAAUCGCAAAAGGCGCUUGCGGGCAGUCGUAAAAAAGCAGCCACUUUCAAGGGUUUUGAAGCUAUGGCGGGCGUUUCGCCUGCGCUCUCCCAGAGCCCGCGCAACUGCAAUGUAACUGUGGUAGGGCGCGCCUAGCCCGGAAAAAGGCCCUAGCCGCGCGGCCCCGCACAGUGUCUCUGUGUAGGGUAUUUCCUGGAUGGUGGCUAGCAGAUGCGCCGCAUGCUCAUGCGCCACUUGAAGCCCCGCAACAGAGCCGUCAGCCCCGCAGCGUGUGUUAUUCCCGUCGUGCCUGCGUCGCCAGCCCGGGGCGCGCAACUUUUGCGAAAGGUCUCGCCCGCAGCUAAGCUAUCCUUGACUUUGGUUUUGUAACGGCGGCGCGCGCGGCGCCCGUGGUGCAUCUGUGUUGGCUCCACCUGCUAGCUUCGUUGCAGCGGAGGGAAUGCGCGCCAAGCUCUUGUCGCCCACGGCCGAUUACUUGGGUAGGUGCAAUGGGUCGGCAGCACUGCAAAUUCCCUUGGCUGUUGGGGCGGGCCAGGGGGUGUGGGAUUAUUUGGUCGUGCGAGUUCGUUCGUUGCGCGCCACGCGUCACACCCAUCGUCUGACCGGAUCCUCAUACACCAACGUCCGAUCCUAUUAUUUUUGGAAAAAAAUUAGUAGUUACUCCGAAAGCGGGGGUCGUAGGGUCCGGGUUGCCGAACGCGUGCAGAACUUGCGGAGAACUCGGCUGCGCGUGUUUCUUGUCUAGAAUAUUAGAGCCUGCCGGCGGUCUUUCAAAUAUGAUGAUGAUCCCGAUGAUGCAGCACUCUCCGCGAAAGUGAGGCGGGCUUUCGCGUUGAGACUUCCCGCUACGCCUGCGACUGCUACAUAGGCGGCGCGCCAUUUUGCGCCGGAGGGGUCGCUGUGUGUCCGCGCCGCGCGCCCUUCCUCAUCGGUAGUUGCCAGCGCCAAGUCUUGAAGGCAGGCUGCCGGGGCCGUCCGCUUGCGCCUUUGGUUUCCUCGGCAUUUCGUUGGCCACAUGCACUUCGCAAAGAAGUUGCUGCAGCGCCAUCGUGUAACGUACGUUACACGAUGGCGCUCUGCUUGUUUGCCUUGUUGCUUGCCGGCCUAACCAGGGUACAGAGUCCUGCUUUUGGACUGCCGAUGGAGCCAUCGUGAGUAAAGUUAGCCACGACGGAGAUGCGACGUUUGGUCGUUUUCGCAGCUUCGGGCGCAGUGUGCUAGGCCCGGGAGUGAAGGCCGGACAGGGUGGCUAACGACUUCACAGGCGUGCCAGAGGGCCACCGGAGUAGGGUAGCUUCCAGCUGCCCAGCUCGGUUUGGGCGGUUGUAGAUGAGGCGCCGUGGUUGCGUCCUGGGGCUCUAUUACCCAAGAAAGCCGGCAACGGCUCUCAUGCGCCAGAACUUGAUCCAGAACUUGUUCCAGAACUUGUUCCAGAACUUGUUCCAGAACUUGUCUCAGAACUUGUCUCAGAACUUGUUCCAGAACUUGUCUCAGAACUUGCCAGGAACUUGCCAGGAACUUGAUUUCGUGCCCUUUUUUGGCCAACCUUUUUGUCCCGUAGCACGACGGCACGGCCGUUUUUUCCCCUUCUUUUUUCCGGCCCACGAAAACCGGCUUGGCAAGUUCCUGAACAAGUUCCGAGACAAGUUCUGAGACAAGUUCUGGGACACACGAGUUGGGCGACAAGUUCUGGGCCAAGUUCUGCGCCAAGUUAUCCUCAUACACCAACGUCCGAUCCUAUUAUUUUUGGAAAAAAAUUAGUAGGUGCCGCGUCCGUUGGCUUUGCAAUUCUUCGCUGCAAUAUUAGCUGCUUUUUCCAUGAUUUCGAUUUGUUUUUCGCUCCUGCAUCCGCUGUGUACAAACAACUACAACGAACUGCUGCAUGUUGAUAAUCUCGCGUUUCCUGUGCGUUUCGAUACACUGUUUUGAUACAACCUCUGUGCAAAAAAGAAAUUUUGCUGCAUUAGUGAUUUCAAUGAAUCGGUGAGGAAAUUCUUUCACCCGACCGCGACACGCUGAUCUUCGCACCCGGUAGAGUACUAACCGCGUCUGUGAAAAUAAGCGACACGAAAAUAUUCAAAGCGCCCGGUAGAAAUGGAAACGAAAUAAAGAAAGAAACCACGACAAUUACAACCACCAACACCACGACCGAAGGGACAGGCGGUCCUUGAUACCGAAAUCCAUCAUCGAGUUGGGACGAAGCAGCGGCUCUUCUUUCGGACCAUUGUCUGAAGAAAUCAGCACUGUGUGUUGCACAGCAACCGGCAUGAAAAUGGGCGCCGAAGUUAUACACCUUGGUUUCGAGAAAAACGAAAUCAAAUUAACGAACCACAAUAAUGGAGGUACUGCGCCAUUAAACCCUGCUACACAAGAACAUCAUGUCCAUGUGUCGAAUGGGGCUCUCCGCGUCGCCACCGCGUCCGCUGCGUCGCGAAGUAAUUGCAACGUCAAAUCAAGGAGAAGAACGCUCUACUGCGGAGGUCCUGGACGAGAUAAUUCAACCUCCGGCAGUUCUUGUUCCACAUCUACGUCGAGAAGAAGGUUCUUGGCCAGAAAUCGAAGCUCUUUUGUGCAGCUCGCAACGUCGAGAACUUCCAGCUUCUUUCUGUCCACUGCCUUGUUCCUCGAAGUAGCUACCGGUACAAAACUCCUGCUUUCCGCCGCCCGGCCAGGAGGGUCAUCUUCCGGUGCACCACGUGGAGCUGCAGCUUCUGCUAGUAGCUCCUCCACGACCACAGCAAGCACGUCCUCGUCUUCCUCCGCAGCUGCUAGAGGCCCCUCCGCGACCGUGACCGCAGCGGCUGCGGCGGCCGCAUCUUCCGGCACGAAGACGUGCUUCGCGUGUAAAGCCUGCGACGUCGACGCGGAGCUCGUGGAGGGGGAAGACGAAUACAGCGGACUGGUGUGCAACGAGGGCCACGCGAUCUGCACCGACUGCAUUGCGCACGGGUGGUGCACGCUGGCCAAGGCGGACGAGCUCUGCGCCACGCACGUGGUGGACGCCCAGGCGAUUACAGCUCCGGCGGUUAUAGUUGGCGGGUUACAAGGCUCGGGUUCCACGACCUUGGACGACGGAAUGGUAGUGCCGCCCCCUCCCCCUCCACCCGUGGUCGGUGAGCGGCAUAGAAGGUCUUCCGGGAGGACAAGCUCGCAAACGCGCCAUGCUUCAGAAACGACCGAUAUUAGUGAGAAGAGCAAAAUACUUGUGAACGCCGGUACAACUACGAGUAAAAAAUCCAAGCCGCAGCUCUUCGGCUCCAUUCUUUGCCCCUGUGGCCACGGUUCGAAGGGGAAGACCUUCGACCAGCUUUGCCGCUUCCAGAUUUCCCCCGCGUUCCUCGAGAAUGCGGGCGUCGCGGGACGGCAGGUGGGGACGGUGCUGCAGAAAUUUGUGGACGGACGGGAGUCCGUGGAGAAGGAGAAGGAAAACAAGAAAAAGCAGCUUGAGGCGAAGUGCGUCACCGACCGGAUUCGGGACACGUUUGAGGAGCAGCUCGUGGGAUUGACGGAAGCCCGCUGCCCGAGGUGUUUGCAGGUACGAGUACGACUUGAUGUAGAGUACUACCUGUAGUACUACGAUUUGAACUUGUUGAUUGUUGUUUCCAACAGGGUAAAAAAUUCAAAACACUGCUCGGUGUCGGUGACCACAACAGUUGUAUUGCGACCGAGUUGAUGUGCGGGAGAUUGUUGUUGUCUUUGUGUAUGAUCUUCAGAAUGCAUUCAUGCUUUUGCCUUCUUGUUCUUCAUUGAAAUUGAUCCUUUACGUAGAACUCAUCUCGCCGAGUACCAUUGAAACUUUUCCUAUCCCCCGUCCUCUAGGUCCGAGACUCGCUUCCGCAGGCGUGCGCGAGUCUGACGUGCACGAACAUCCACUGCAUGAACAAAUUUUGCGCUCUGUGCGACUGGAAGGGCACCACGGACCCCCGCGUGGAGCAUGUGUCCGCGCACGUGUGCGCGAAGCACCAACGCGAGAGCGAUUCCGAAGGGCUUGGCAAUCACUUUUCACCCGACGAGCUCACCGAAGCGCACCGGCAAACGGUGGCACUCCGGGCGCGGCUCUUUUUUCACGAUCUCGAGGACAAGGUGCGCAAAAUGUUGGAGGAAGAGGUGGACAAGGAGCGCGAGAAGCGAGCCGAGCGGAGAGCAGAGCGAGCCCGGCAGUUGGCGGAAAGGCGGCGGCUAGCCCAACUCGCAGCGGAAGCCGCUGCGGCCGCAAAUAUUAAAGCGAUACAGGAGGCCGGACCUGCAAGAAGUAGCACAGUUGGUUCCGAAAAGAGUCAGAUUCUGGCGUGGUCGAAGAGCGCGGCCAAGCUGCGGCGCGUGAAACUGCCGCAGGAAGAAGAUCGAGGUCACAACUUACAGCAUCUUCCCUCGCGCAGCGGCGGGGGUCCUCGUGGCAGUGGUUCCUACAACAACCACACUUCAAGCAACGCCUCGCCGAAAAACAGCACCGCGGCUCGCGCUGCUGCAGACCUCCCCUACAAUCCCUCCAAGAAACAUCAAGUCUCCAACACGGCGCUCCGCCCGUUUCGGUCGUCCAAGGGCAGUAGAGCAGGCCAGCGGGGCGGGACCACGGCGGAAAUGUCAGGAGAGCAGGACCUCGAAGAUAACUUCCCCUCCUCGCAAGAAUCCGGAUCGCAACAACAAGGUGGCUCGUCGUCCAAUUCCCGCAAGAGUCGCCGCUUGACCGGCAAGACUUCCAGUACAACUAGCGGCCUGAUUAUGGAGAGAAAAAAGUUUGUCACAGUCACUAACUUGCAGGCUUUGCAUUACAAAUUUUUUCAGCGUCGCAGACUUUCCUUGUAUUGCAGAAACACUAGGGAAAUCCCUAAUAAAGUUAGGCUGUGAUGCAUUUUUACGGAUGACAAACAAUUUUGUAUUGCAAAAAUGCCCAUGAGUGAUCGUGACGAACUUUUUUCUUUUGAUACUGAUGUCGUGUUGCGACGAGGGCGUGCGCUCGCUGCUCUUCGGCACGUCCUAUCAAGUGCAAAAAUGUCUAGGUCUGGAAGAAUGCAACUUUCUAAUGCUGUCUCCGGAUUCUAAAAAUAUCUGUGUUGCAUAAGCAGCAAGAGGAGUCAGUUCUUGGCACGCGGAGAGUGAGCAGCACUUUUUUUCUCAUGCGUUCUAGCAUCGAGAAGCUCUCAAAAAAUCUGUCAUGCUAGCACCAGCAUCACAGACCUGACGGGUCAUGCAAAAUGUGCGUGACAAGUCCGGUCCCGACUCUUCCAGACCCAGACAUUUUUGCAUUUCAUACGACCUGCGGUACUAGCAAGGGCAGUGGAACAGCAUCCAACUGCGAAGACGAGACGGGCACGGACGGAACAGGUUCCUCCACGGGUCGGCGCAAACGGACGCUGAGCAGCAGUUCUACCGGCUCGACCUGCAGUGCCACGGCUUCCAGCGGGGACUGCUUCUUGAUCAGGUAUUUUUCACUGCGUUGGGGCUGUCGCUCUUGAGUUUUUUUUACCGAUCACGACCUUUAGUUUUUCCGAGUAAAACCGAUCUUCAAGUUGGGAAUCUUCGAGCAGUUUUUUAGGCACGAUGCGUAUGUACUGUACUAGUGCGGCGCGUUGCUUCUUCAUCAAUCGAGAAAACGCUUGUAAUAUCGGCAGAAUUUUCAUGCUCUUUUAUUUCUCCGACGACCACAGUGAUCCGACUCAGGAAGAGCUCGUAGAGGAGCAGGAGUGUGUAUCGGAGCGCACAACUCCCCCCUCGUCCCCUUAUUUGUAUUGCAAAAAACCAAAUCGAAAACGAAAUCCGAACCAGCGCUGCAACUGCCUCGUGGCACUGUUUGCAUGACAGAUUCCGGAAGCCCAAACAGUACUACAUGACGCGCAUCAUGAUUUUGUCAUGCACAGGCUCCACAUGUGCGGGUAUUUGUAUUGCGGUUCAUGAAAUAGAAGUGUACAAAAUGAGUCGGGGAGGGGAGGUUGUGCACUGUCAUAGUACAUCGACGAGCCGGAUGCGGAUCAGUUAGUGGAUUACGUGCAUAAGCACCUGCGCAACGUUUACGUGCAAAAGCUGCAGUAUCCGGAAGAGGGCACGGCGGAACUCACGGAGAUCGAUCGCCGCAAAUUACAGUCCUUUGACGAGCCCAUGGCCAUGAAAGCGGAAGAUAUGAUCGUCCAGUGGCCCGAACGGAUACGAAAAAGGAAAACUACUGCGGUGUGUAAGUACUUGAACAAGCGGCCAGAUGAAGGAAGUCUGCGAAGAAGAGUUAUUCGUGUGCUUUGAAGAAGAAUAGAACUUUCAUAUCAUGCUCCGAAUGUUGAGCGGGGGUUGUACGAAUGUAGUUACUUUUUGUUUUGGCACGAUUUUCUUUGGGUAUGAUUCAGUUGUACUGCUCGUCUUGUCUUGCUCGCUGAAGUUUUGCUAGCACGCAGUUUUCUUUCCGUUUCAUACCCGAUCAAGAGCUACUUGGUGGAGGUCAUGCAGCUUCCGGAGCGACUUGACCAGGAUAUUGGCCUGGGUGUCAUCGCGGUACGAAACUUUCCUUAUGGUGGACUUGCACUUCAAAUAGAGUUUGCGUCUGCUUUUGGACCACAGACAUCCUGCUCUCCACGCUUAGCAGCAGUAGGGCGGCCAUAGGAGCGAGUGAAAGAGUUUGAAUAUGUUGUACUUAUAGUGCUGGGUAAGUGUAACCGAUAAUAGAAGAACGAAGACUAUGUACGACUAAAUGAUUGAAUGCAAAAAUAAACAUAAAUCAUUUUCAGGAGAUGUUUGGGUUCCGUGACCGCGAGGCUCGCUUCCGAAAAGAGCUGGACCGCAUCUACAACAUGCCAACAAAAACCAACAAGCAGAAAAAAGAAAAGAACCAGCGCAUUGACUGGCUGAUACGACGAACAAGAAGGCUAGCAUACGGCUUCGACCGGACCACAUUUUGGUAUUGCAAUUCAUGCAAUGCAUUUCCAAAUGUCGGCGAGGGAAUGGAAAAAGAGAAAGGGACAUCUCUGGAGAUGUUGCGCAUGUUACAUUUCAUUGCAUUUUGAUGCAGCAUCUUCAACCCGCUGAGGCUUACUUAGUUCAACAGAGUUAUUCCCUGCGAUUUUCAGUUUGCAAUGCAAAUGCAUCUCAAAAAAGAAAUGUGAGUGUUACUUAGGAAUAGGACGUGCUACCUCCUUUUCACCGUGAUGCCGAAUCGAGGCUGCCCAGUAUGGUGGAGAAUCAGAUGAAGAGGAAGAAUACAAUCGGCAGCUGCAGUAUCCCACGAAAAAUCUGUUUCACUGCGAUGAUUUUUCAAGAUCUGCAUUACAUGUUUUUAUACACGCGACACUAACAAUUUGUCAUGCGCGCUUCCCAAGGUAAAACACGUUUGAAAAUCCAGUAUCUUGCAGGUGUAGCAAACCAAAUAGCUCUGUGCUCCAUUUUCAUUGUUCAUUGUUCCAUUUUCUGCAUCACAAGUUCACAGUGAAACAGUUUAUUCAUGCGAUAUGCAGCAGGAGCGCGAACAAGAACGGCGCCGCAUCGGACCGGAGCAACAACAAGAACGUUUACGACAGUGGAAAUAAAUGGGUGUCUGUGCUGCGAUUUUCAUACAGGAAAACUUGCUUGUUCGAUGUCUAUCUGUAUCUACUGAUUCAGAAUCUGAUGCACGAGCAUGACUCGAAGAUUUUUAGAAUGAGCGUCCGAAGAACAAGUACGACUGAGAACAUAUAAAUAGAACAUACAGUAGACUGACACUUGUUUUUCUUCCCUGUCACAUCAACAUCCCCCAGCUGGACAGCAACAGCCGCAAGUGAUUCCCGCCCGCCCCAGGGACGCCCAAGGACGGAUCAUCACGACGGGGCAAGGGGAACAUCCUCAUCAACCAGGCGUGGACCAGCAGCCACACAGUAGCACUACCAGUUCUAUGCAUUGCAAAAGUAUCGUACUCGUAUAAAUGCAUUACAAAUUUUCUCAGCAUGAGAAAUGAAAUUUGUAAUGUAGAUUUGCCUUAGGAACAAGAUUUGUAAUGCAAGACUUGCAUUUAUACGAGUGCGAUACUUUUGCACAGGAUAAGUUCCACCAUCUCCGGUUCUACCACUGCCUCACCAGGGACGGCGAACAAUCCUGAUGCACACCAACACGACCCCGACGCUUCGCUGUGGCACGAAUUUUGGCCUGAAAGUGCGGAGGACGGCGAGCAGGGAGACGUGGAGAUCAACAUCAUGCCGCCCCCGGCGCCGUUGUCCGAUCACCACCUAUCGACUGCCGGCGGAGAUCAUGAUUUUUCUGUCGGGCAGCAGGAGGACGAAGAUGCAACGCAGCCGAUGGACUCACAGCACGUGGAAGACUUCAUAGCGGAUUUACAGGAUAUGCAGUGCAAAAGUAUCGUACUCGUACGAUUUGCGUUUACGCAUUACAAAUCUUUUUCUUAAGGCAGAACCGCAUUACAAAUUGAAUUUGUAAUGCUGAGUCAAUGCGUGAUACUUACACGAUACUUUUGCAGUUCAUACAGGACGAGCAGAGACGUCGGGAUGAAGCAACGACACAUCGUGAAGAUGUGGCCGCAGUGACGAGGGCUGCGCCGUUCUUGCUGCGUUCCCGGGGUAAUAAUGUUGAUACUACCGUUUUGCGGGACCUUGACGGGGACGUGCGAAUGGAGGAAGCUGAAGAUGAGGAUAUUAUGUUAUCCGGUGUAAAAGAAAAACACAUCCUCUCACACGACCAGCCAGGUUCGUGUCAACAUUAUAUAACUCUAGUCUUACUUUAUGUGUAUCUACAUCUACAUCUGAACGCCCCACAGAGAAGAUCCUGAGUUUGUGAUGCGCAAAGGAACCAGUUGAAGGGAGAGUGACCUGGUGCGUUGUGGAUUGUCGGAGUCCUAGUAAAAAUUGGCUAUUGGGUCGUGUAGAAGUUUUUCCAUACCAUAGCUAUCGCCUUUUGCUCUGCCCCCAGCUGCUGGCACUGCCUCUUCCGAGGAAUCCGUUCUGGGAGAAUAUGGCUUGCUCAGGCAUGUUGACAGUCUCAAAAACUGCUGAUACAAUAAUUUGUAUAGCUGCGCGUGAAAAUGUAAAUGAAUUUGUAUUGCAACGAACAGACACAGACAGGCACUGCGGCUCCUCGUUCCGCAGUAUAUCCUUCGCAUAAUACAAGUUCUGCCACGAUGUCGUCCUUGAUGCAACACAAGAUGAUUGUUUCGCAAUCUAGUAUCGAGAUGGCAAGACCUGAGCAGGGUAUAGAAGCCAGCGACCGCGGCGCGGAGAGCUGGACAUCGAGCCCACUGCAUUCGUAUCGCGCAGAAAAAAUAUACGUGCGUAUAAAUAUUGCUAGCGUAGACGGCCGCCGUGCGAUUCCGCCUACAACUUAACUACCUGCUUGGCAGACGGCCCGGUAGAAGAAUAAGACAAAGCAGAAGCAGCAUAAAUACGACGCGGCAUCUAUAGAUUGAUAUAUAAGUAGGUACGGUAGGUACGCGAGAGCAGCUCCUUCGAUUCCGCCCCUCAACGAUGUAUGCGCGUUUCUUGCACGAUGUGUGGAGCGUACGUAGUCGUACGACGAAACAGAUUGUUAGUUUUCUCGUUGUUAGUUUGUGAUGUUCGGGCUGGGGCGGGUACGGUAAGUACUCGCACUCGGGUAGCUGGUAAGAGGAAUUUGGAUUUGCAUAGUACAACUUUACGAUGAUUUUUAAGCACGUUUUUUUUUCACCCGUGAUAUGUUGCGCAGCAUCACCCGGAUGUGCCGAGUAGUCCCAGCCGGUCCAGGUCCAGCAGUACGAUAUGCAACUUUCGACGCAGGCCGGAGGUUAGGGAAGUAAGAGACGUUUAUUGAUGUGAUUUAGAAAACAUGAAUAAAAAAUCCAGUUCAUGAUCACCAAGUAGACAUACUUUACAAGUGAAGAAAGAAACACAUCAUGACUCCAUCACUCAACUACCUGCAUGUGAAGGGGCGCAUAAUUGUUCCUUGCAUUUUGACUUCUUUUACUUGGUCUUUCUCACUCGAUUUUUACGAUUCCCUGGCCACAAACCGUAUUGGUGUCGCACCAUUUGCAUUUCUGCAUAAGCAGUCCGGUGAAGGAGUACCAGAGUCAACAAGGGACGUCAUCCGCCAGUAGUAGCUCGUCCAGCGGUUCCGCCUCGAGCACGCCGAAGAACCAGCGAAGCCGGUCCCACAGUCCACAACCGAAGGCCAAGGCCAUUCCGAGAAACGCGCGCGGGCACCGCAGUCUGGCACAGGUGGAGGUGUCGGUGUGAGGGACGACCUUGUUGUUCACGGAGAAGAUGUAGAUGAUACUGAGAGACAUAGAUACAACCAAAGUUCCUGCACGGUGAAAGAACUGUGAAAAAAAAACUUGGUUGGACACCAGGACGCGCUGAUGGAGCACCAUCUCGUUCGUAGGCUCGUUCCUGCGAUAGCCGCAUCGUUCUUCCAGUUGUACGGUCUGUCUAUCAGUGGUCUGGUCGGAUGGAUAAGUACUCGUUGCUGGGCAUUCUUGCGACAGCUAAAUGAUAAAUGAAACAAAAAAAUGUAAAUGAACAACAACAAUUCAAGGACAUGCUUGGUGCGUUAGCGUUACGAGGCUGCGCCACGAUGAGCUCUUGCAUCGAUAGACACCUCCUGAGAAUAAAGCUCAUCCAUCUCCUCAUUGUGAAGAACCUGCCAAAUCUGAUAAAUUAUACCAAUGACUACUUUUUCAAAUACAAAUCAAAAUCCUUUUCACGACUGACCUGCGAUUUUUAGAGAACACUUCACCAAACCAUGGAAAAAAUGGUAGAUCAUGCUGCUCUACUCUAAAUUGAGUGGUUAUUUCAUUUAGCGAACGGAGAAGCAGACAGAAUAUGUACGACUGUUUGAAAAUACAGAAGAACUAGCACAUGCAAAACGAAACCCCAGCGCAAGAACAACUUUGUUCCAAAGAAUGAAGAUACUUAUCACUGGAAAUGGAAAAGAAAGUAAUUGUCUAGCAAUGAUGUGGUCCACACUUCGGGAGUGCAAAUGCAAUGUCGAAG